GGGCAGAGGAAAGCGGAGCAGGGCCGGGGAGGACGCGCCGAGAGCGGGCGGAGACGGUUCAGGCCGGCGGCCGGCGGGCCUCUCCCGCCCUGGGGUCCGCGCUCCCCUCUCCCCUUCCGCCUCCUCUCGCUCUGCCUUCCCAUUUAUUUUUUCAAAUGCUGUGGCCGCCAGAGGUGCGGCGCUGAAUUCUUGGAAGGGGCCCGGAUGUGCUGAGGAUGCAUUACAAUUUCACUGAAGGAGGCAGUAGUGGAAAGGAUCAGUUUUUGGUGUUUGAUGCAAUAAUGGGAAUCAGGUAAUCAUCAGAAGGGCAGAAGAGCGACUGCAGAUCCACGGCUUCCUCGAAUUUUGCACGAAAGCCGCCGGCCUCGGAGCAGGGAUUGGUGCAGACCCGCUCGGGCGUGUUUGACAUUUCUUCCUCUUUGUGGCUUCUCCUUUUCAAACAAUUCUUGGUCCAUGGUCAAUGAAAACACGAGGAUGUACAUUCCGGAGGAAAACCACCAAGGUCCCAGCUAUGGGAGCCCGCGCCCGGCUCACGCCAACAUGAAUGCCAACGCGGCCGCGGGGCUGGCACCUGAGCACAUCCCCACACCGGGGGCCGCCCUGUCCUGGCAGGCAGCCAUUGACGCGGCCCGGCAGGCCAAGCUGAUGGGCAGCGCUGGCAACGCCACCAUCUCCACGGUCAGCUCCACGCAGCGGAAGCGGCAGCAGUACGGGAAGCCCAAGAAACAGGGCAGCACGAUGGCCACGCGCCCGCCCCGUGCCCUGCUCUGCCUGACCCUCAAGAACCCCAUCCGGAGGGCGUGCAUCAGCAUCGUGGAGUGGAAGCCAUUUGAAAUCAUUAUUUUACUGACUAUUUUUGCCAACUGUGUGGCCUUAGCGAUCUACAUUCCCUUCCCAGAGGACGACUCGAACGCCACCAACUCCAACCUGGAACGGGUGGAGUAUCUCUUUCUCAUCAUUUUUACUGUGGAAGCAUUUUUAAAAGUCGUAGCCUACGGGCUGCUCUUUCACCCCAACGCUUACCUCCGCAACGGCUGGAACUUGCUGGAUUUUAUCAUUGUGGUUGUCGGGCUUUUCAGUGCAAUCUUAGAGCAAGCCACCAAAGCCGACGGGGCCAACGCCCUGGGAGGGAAGGGGGCUGGAUUCGACGUGAAGGCGCUCAGGGCGUUCCGCGUGCUGCGACCCCUGCGGCUGGUGUCCGGGGUCCCGAGUCUCCAGGUGGUCCUGAACUCCAUCAUCAAGGCCAUGGUGCCCCUGCUGCACAUCGCCCUGCUCGUGCUCUUCGUCAUUAUCAUCUACGCCAUCAUCGGGCUGGAGCUCUUCAUGGGGAAGAUGCACAAGACCUGCUACAACCAGGAGGGCAUCGCAGAUGUCCCAGCAGAAGACGACCCCUCCCCCUGUGCCCUGGAGACGGGCCACGGCCGGCAGUGCCAGAAUGGCACGGUGUGCAAGCCGGGCUGGGAUGGGCCCAAGCACGGCAUCACCAACUUCGACAACUUUGCCUUCGCCAUGCUGACCGUGUUCCAGUGCAUCACCAUGGAGGGCUGGACCGACGUCCUCUACUGGGUCAAUGAUGCCGUGGGAAGGGACUGGCCCUGGAUCUAUUUUGUUACACUAAUCAUCAUAGGGUCAUUUUUUGUACUUAACUUGGUUCUCGGUGUCCUUAGCGGAGAGUUUUCCAAAGAGAGGGAGAAGGCCAAGGCCCGGGGCGACUUCCAGAAGCUGCGGGAGAAGCAGCAGCUGGAAGAGGACCUGAAGGGCUACCUGGACUGGAUCACGCAGGCGGAGGACAUCGACCCCGAGAACGAGGACGAGGGCUUGGACGAGGAGAAACCCCGAAACAUGAGCAUGCCCACCAGUGAGACCGAGUCUGUCAACACGGAAAACGUGGCUGGAGGCGACAUCGAGGGAGAGAGCUGCGGGGCCAGGCUGGCCCACAGGAUCUCCAAGUCGAAGUUUAGCCGCUACUGGCGCCGCUGGAAUCGGUUCUGCAGGCGGAAGUGCCGCGCGGCCGUGAAGUCGAGCGUCUUCUACUGGCUUGUCAUCUUCCUGGUUUUCCUCAACACGCUCACCAUCGCCUCUGAGCACUACAACCAGCCCCACUGGCUCACGGAAGUCCAAGACACGGCCAACAAGGCGCUGCUGGCCCUGUUCACGGCGGAGAUGCUGCUCAAGAUGUACAGCCUGGGGCUGCAGGCCUACUUCGUGUCCCUGUUCAACCGCUUCGACUGCUUCAUCGUGUGCGGCGGCAUCCUGGAGACCAUCCUGGUGGAGACCAAGAUCAUGUCGCCCCUGGGCAUCUCCGUGCUGAGAUGCGUACGCCUCCUGCGGAUAUUCAAGAUCACGAGGUACUGGAACUCCCUGAGCAACCUGGUGGCGUCCCUGCUGAACUCUGUGCGCUCCAUCGCCUCCCUGCUUCUGCUGCUGUUUCUUUUCAUCAUCAUCUUCUCCCUCCUGGGCAUGCAGCUCUUCGGGGGGAAGUUCAACUUUGAUGAGAUGCAGACCCGGAGGAGCACGUUCGAUAACUUCCCCCAGUCCCUCCUCACCGUGUUUCAGAUCCUGACCGGGGAGGACUGGAAUUCGGUGAUGUAUGAUGGGAUCAUGGCUUAUGGCGGCCCCUCUUUUCCAGGGAUGUUAGUCUGUAUUUACUUCAUCAUCCUCUUCAUCUGUGGAAAUUAUAUCCUACUGAAUGUGUUCUUGGCCAUUGCCGUGGACAACCUGGCUGAUGCCGAGAGCCUCACCUCUGCCCAGAAGGAGGAGGAAGAAGAGAAGGAGAGGAAGAAGCUGGCCAGGACUGCCAGCCCAGAGAAGAGACAAGAGGUGGUGGAGAAGCCGGCCGUGGAGGAGACCAAGGAGGAGAAAAUCGAGCUGAAAUCCAUCACUGCGGAUGGAGAGUCCCCCCCUGCCACCAAGAUCAACAUGGACGACCUCCAGCCCAACGAGAAUGAGGACAAGAGUUCCUACCCCAACCUGGAAACCACAGGAGACGAGGAGGAGGAGCCUGAGAUGCCCGUGGGCCCCCGUCCCCGCCCCCUCUCUGAGCUGCACCUGAAGGAGAAGGCGGUGCCCAUGCCAGAAGCCAGCGCCUUCUUCAUCUUCAGCCCGAGCAACAGGUUCCGCCUCCAGUGCCACCGCAUCGUCAACGACUCCAUCUUCACCAACCUGAUCCUCUUCUUCAUCUUGCUCAGCAGCAUCUCCCUGGCUGCCGAGGACCCCGUCCAGCACACCUCCUUCAGGAACCACAUUCUGUUUUAUUUUGACAUUGUUUUCACUACCAUUUUCACCAUUGAAAUUGCUCUGAAGAUGACCGCCUACGGGGCCUUCCUGCACAAGGGCUCCUUCUGCCGGAACUACUUCAACAUCCUGGACCUGCUGGUGGUCAGCGUGUCCCUCAUCUCCUUCGGCAUCCAGUCCAGCGCCAUCAAUGUGGUGAAGAUCUUGCGGGUCCUGAGGGUGCUGAGACCCCUGAGGGCCAUCAACAGGGCCAAGGGGCUGAAGCACGUGGUGCAGUGCGUGUUCGUGGCCAUCCGCACCAUCGGGAACAUCGUGAUCGUCACCACGCUGCUGCAGUUCAUGUUCGCCUGCAUCGGGGUCCAGCUCUUCAAGGGCAAGCUCUACACCUGCUCGGACAGUUCCAAACAGACAGAGGCCGAAUGCAAGGGGAACUACGUCACAUACAAGGACGGGGAGGUGGAUCACCCCAUCAUCCAGCCCCGCAGCUGGGAGAACAGCAAGUUUGACUUUGACAAUGUCCUGGCGGCUAUGAUGGCCCUGUUCACCGUCUCCACCUUUGAGGGGUGGCCAGAGCUGCUGUACCGCUCCAUCGACUCCCACACGGAGGACAAGGGCCCCAUUUACAACUACCGCGUGGAGAUCUCCGUCUUCUUCAUCAUCUACAUCAUCAUCAUCGCCUUCUUCAUGAUGAACAUCUUCGUGGGCUUCGUCAUUGUCACCUUCCAGGAGCAGGGGGAGCAGGAGUACAAGAACUGCGAGCUGGACAAGAACCAGCGGCAGUGCGUGGAGUACGCCCUGAAGGCCCGGCCCCUGCGGAGGUACAUCCCCAAGAACCAGCACCAGUACAAGGUGUGGUACGUGGUCAACUCCACCUACUUCGAGUACCUGAUGUUCGUCCUCAUCCUGCUGAACACCAUCUGCCUGGCCAUGCAGCACUACGGGCAGAGCUGCCUGUUCAAAAUCGCCAUGAACAUUCUCAACAUGCUGUUCACCGGCCUCUUCACGGUGGAGAUGAUUCUGAAGCUCAUCGCCUUCAAGCCCAAGGGCCACUUUAGUGACCCCUGGAAUGUCUUUGACUGCCUCAUCGUAAUUGGCAGCGUAAUUGACGUCAUUCUCAGUGAGACGAAUCACUAUUUCUGUGAUGCAUGGAACACGUUUGACGCCUUGAUUGUUGUUGGUAGCAUUGUUGACAUAGCCAUCACCGAGGUAAACCCAGCUGAACAUACCCAAUGCUCUCCCUUUAUGAACGCGGAGGAGAACUCCCGCAUCUCCAUCACCUUCUUCCGCCUCUUCCGGGUCAUGCGUCUGGUCAAGCUGCUGAGCCGUGGGGAGGGCAUCCGGACGCUGCUGUGGACGUUCAUCAAGUCCUUCCAGGCCCUGCCCUACGUCGCCCUCCUGAUCGUGAUGCUGUUCUUUAUCUACGCCGUCAUCGGGAUGCAGGUGUUCGGGAAAAUCGCCCUGAAUGACACGACAGAGAUCAACAGGAACAACAACUUCCAGACCUUCCCGCAGGCCGUGCUGCUGCUCUUCAGGUGCGCCACAGGGGAGGCGUGGCAGGACAUCAUGCUGGCCUGCAUGCCGGGCAAGAAGUGCGCGCCCGAGUCGGAGCCGGGCAGCAGCGCCGAGGGGGAGGCGCCCUGCGGCAGCAGCUUCGCCGUCUUCUACUUCAUCAGUUUCUACAUGCUCUGCGCCUUUCUGAUCAUCAACCUCUUCGUAGCUGUCAUCAUGGACAACUUUGACUACCUGACAAGGGACUGGUCCAUUCUGGGUCCCCACCACCUGGACGAAUUCAAGAGAAUCUGGGCGGAGUAUGACCCUGAAGCCAAGGGUCGCAUCAAGCACCUGGAUGUGGUGACCCUGCUCCGGAGGAUUCAGCCCCCCCUGGGCUUUGGGAAGCUGUGUCCUCACCGCGUGGCCUGCAAACGCCUGGUCUCCAUGAACAUGCCCCUGAACAGCGACGGGACGGUCAUGUUCAACGCCACCCUGUUUGCCCUGGUCCGGACGGCCCUGAGGAUCAAAACGGAAGGGAACCUGGAACAGGCCAACGAGGAGCUGCGGGCCAUCAUCAAGAAGAUCUGGAAGCGGACCAGCAUGAAGCUGCUGGACCAGGUGGUUCCGCCUGCGGGAGAUGAUGAGGUCACGGUGGGCAAGUUUUACGCUACUUUCCUGAUCCAAGAGUAUUUCCGGAAAUUCAAGAAGCGCAAAGAGCAGGGCCUGGUGGGCAAGCCCCCCCAGAGGAACGCCCUGUCCCUGCAGGCUGGUCUGCGCACCCUGCAUGACCUCGGGCCCGAGAUCCGCCGGGCCAUCUCCGGGGACCUGACCGCCGAGGAGGAGCUGGACAAGGCCAUGAAGGAGGCUGUGUCCGCGGCCUCGGAAGAUGACAUCUUCAGGAGGGCCGGUGGCCUGUUCGGCAACCACGUGGGCUACUACCCCAGCGACAGCCGGAGCACCUUCCCCCAGACCUUCACCACCCAGCGCCCUCUGCACAUCAGCAAGGCGGGCACCAGCCAGGGGGACGCGGAGUCGCCCUCCCACGAGAAACUGGUGGAUUCCACCUUCACCCCCAGCAGCUACUCGUCCAUGGGUUCCAACGCCAACAUCAACAACGCCAACAACACCGCCCUGGGCCGCUGCCCCUGCCCUGCCGGCCAGCCCGGUGCUGUCAGCAUCAGCACCGUGGAGGGCCGUGGGCCCCCCUUGUCUCCUGCUGUCCAGGUGCAGGGGGCCUCGUGGAGGCUCAGCUCCCAGAGGUGCCCCUCCCGGGACAGCCUGAUAGCCAUGGUGUGUCAGGACGAGGCCCCUCGGGAUGAGACCUGUGGCCUGAGGAUGGAUGAGGACGCCGAGUAUGGCAGCGAGCCCAGCCUGAUCUGCACGGAGAUGCUCUCCUACCAGGACGAUGAGAAUCGGCAGCUGCCGCCCCCCGAGGAGGACAGGAGAGACAUCCAUCUCUCUCCGAAGAGGGGCUUCCUGCGCUCUGCCUCCCUAGGUCGAAGGGCCUCCUUCCACCUUGAGUGUCUGAAGCGACAGAAGAAUCCAGGGGGAGACAUCUCUCAGAAGACAGUUCUGCCUCUGCAUCUCGUUCACCAUCAGGCGCUGGCGGUGGCGGGCCUGAGCCCCCUCCUGCAGAGAAGCCAUCCCCCUGGCGCCCUCCCCCCGCCGCAUGCAACGCCCCCUGCCACGCCUGGCCCGGCCUGGCCCCUGCGGCCUGUGCCCACCCUGCAGCUGGAGGGGGCCGAGUCCAGCGACAAGCUCACCAGCAGCUUCCCAUCCGUCCACUGCGGCCCCUGGGCCGGGGAGCCCACGCCCUGCGGGGCCAGCGGCGGCAUCCGGAGGGCCCGGCCCGUGUCCCUCACUGUGCCCAGCCCGGCAGGGCCCCAGGGCCGGCCCUUCCACGGCAGCGCCAGCAGCCUGGUGGAGGCGGUCUUGAUCUCAGAAGGACUGGGGCAGUUUGCUCAGGAUCCCAGGUUCCUCAAGGCCACCACCCAGGAGCUGGCCGACGCCUGCGACAUGACCAUCGAGGAGAUGGAGAGCGCGGCCGACAACAUCCUCAGCGGGGGCGCCCGGCAGAGCCCCAACGGUACCCUGCUCCCGUGUGCACACUGCAGGGACCCGGGGCCAGACCGAGAGGGGGGCGCGGAGGACGCGGCCUGGGCGCCCAGCCCCGAGCCCCGCCAGGGCGGAGAGGAGCCCCGGGACAGCAGGGCCUUCGCCAGCAGCCUGUAGCAGCCGGGCCGGAGAUGCCGGGUUUUUAUUUGUCUCCAUGUUCCUAAUGGGUCCGUUUCAGAAGUGCCUCACUGUUCUCGUGACCUGGAGUUAACCGGAACAGCGUCUUCAUUCAUUUCGUAGGGACAAGACCGAGUCGGCGGCCAGGAGAGAAGCAGCCGCGGUCCGCGGUCCGUGUCCGGCGGGGAGCGGUGGGGGGAGGGCGCGGGCACCAGGGAGGGCCCCCCACCCCCCGCGGCCGCCUCGGCUCCCUCAGCCCUCACCCAAAGGACCCUACGCCAAACGGGUGUCUUUCAACUCUGCUUGUCAAGAACUCGUUUGCACAUAUUCUGUACGCGCCUCACUGUCCCCAUAGAGCCAGGGCCCUGUGCCUUCACGGCAGGAAGGAGGCCCCGGCCAGGCCCUGGGGAGGGGAGGGCGCUGCAGCUCCAGGCUGGCCACGCCCCCUGCGCCACCCGCGUCUGGACCCCCUUCCCACCCGGCCACGGUCACAGCCACGCCGCACCGUCGGCGCCGGGGGAGCGCGCACGCCCGCCGGGACAGGACCGGUGGUGCUGAGCGUCUGUCCAGCGCUCUUUUGUUUGGGGAUCUGACAUUUUUCUUCACAGCAUGUUGCAGUUUUCAUUUGGGGGGUUUUGUUUUUUUAUACUUUUGUUUUCCCAGGGGGAGGGAGGGAGAAGAGUGUUUACUAAGUUUUGCAGCCACCCACCUUACCGUUUUCACUUUUGCAAAUGUAAAUCGGGUUCAGUUUUGUUGUAUUAUUUAACGGUCGUGGUUUCCUUUUCUACGGAGGACUCAACAGAGCCGCCGUGGGAGAGUUUUACCGGCCGUGGUGUACGCCCGAUAGUUCGUUAUCAUUUCCUUAGGUAGUGACAAGAUUUCUUCGGUUUGGUUUCAUAACUUAAAGGUGAUCAGCAAUGCACUUGGUAGGGUCUUGCACAGAUGUGUGUAGUAGCACGUGCCCGAGAGAGGAAGCAGCACGGGUCUCUGCGAGUGUGUGUGCCGUGUGUACGGUGGGGUGUGUGUGCGGGCGCGGGCGGAGUGCAGCCACGCCGCGCCGGGCCGCCGGGCCGCCCGCAGUCCCCCUUGGGGCGUAAGGGUGGGGAGCUGUAAAUCUGGGGCCGUCUGAAAGCAAAAGCAAACCACUGUCUCUGCUUCUGAAACGGGAAUCAGUAACUGCAUUUUCUGUCCCACAAGAUAUGCAAAAACAAUGCAAUAAUAUUCAUUUUAAAAACACAGUUGUGAGUUGUGUUGGCAUUAAAACCGUGUUUGAAAAACCGCACAGAAAUUUAAGGGGGAAACUCAGAAGGCGUUUUGCUUCGAUUUGUUCCGUCGAACGUUUCACUGCAUUGAGGGUGUUUCUGCUGAAGAGACCGUUAUACUUGAAUUCAGGUCAGUCUCAGUAUUUUACAAAUAUUUUUUUAAAACUGAAUUGCAGUUGUGCCAGGCGAAUAUAAUGAAUUAAGUUUGUUUUUGGAUUCA